UAACUGUUCUAUCACCUAGAACUCAAUCCGUCUGCAAGGCGUCUUUUAGUAACCAAAAUAACCAAUUAAGCGAAAGAAAAUAUCAUAGCCAAAUAUUACAAUUACAGGAUUCACUUCUUAAACCAUUACUUCCUAACUCUCACCCUCCCAACCAUUUCUCACAAUGGGUAAAUUCUACGACCAAAUCGACUCGAACCUCUCCGAAUGGGCCCUCGCCCAAUCCGUCUUCUUCACCGCCUCCGCCCCCACCUCGGGCAAACACGUGAACGUAUCCCCCAAAGGCCUCCCCUCCUCCUCCCUCGCCAUCCUCUCGCCAAACCAGGUCGCCUACGUCGACGCUACCGGCUCCGGAAACGAGACAAUCUCGCACAUCUACGAGAAUGGGCGCGUGACGAUCAUGUUCUGCAGUUUCGAUGCCGCGCCGAGGAUUAUGCGGUUCUUUUGCACGGGGAGGGUGAUUGAGUGGGAUGACAGGGAGUUUGAUUCUUGGUUGGCGAAGAUGGGGGAUAAGAAGAUUUUGGGGGCGAGAGCGGUGAUUGUGUUGGAUGUUUUUAAGGUGCAAACUUCGUGCGGGUUUGGUGUCCCCAAGCUGGUUAAGAUUUCCGGCGGCUCUGAGGAUGAUGAGGAGAAAGCCGCGGGGUGUGAGUAUGGCUUUGAAGACCGUGACACCAUCGGCCACUGGGCGAAGAAGAAGAUGGACAAGAAUGCGUUGUUUGAGUACCAGCAAAACAAUAACCAUGACAGCUUAGAUGGCCUUACCGGGCUCAAGUCCGCCCGACGAGAUAGGGGAGAGGUGAUGCUGGUAGCGGACAUCCGGGCUUGGAUGAGGAAGGUCUGGGGACAGAAGGACGCGAUGUUGGUUGGGUUUAUGCUCGCCCACUUGAUAUAUGUGGCGAUACUGAUUGUGGACUAUUUUUCGCUGAUCUAGGCGCUGCGUUUUUACUGCAUGAAAUACCCAGAAUGGAGCAAGUGCGGUUGCACGUCUGGUUGCAGAUAGGAGAUGAUGGAAAUGAAUGAAAUGUCAAAGUAUCAACACCGGAAUUAUGAUGGUGUUGAACAACAAGUAAAUAAGGAGGGAACUGAAAAUAGAGGGAUAGUGCUGGGAAUACCAAAGGAUUUGAUUUGGCAACUCACUUCGAGGCGCCGAGGGCCAUAUUUACAGCGAGCGAGUACGAUUCAGUCACCCCUGAGAAAGUCGGAUCAGCAUCCAUUCAUUCAGAACUCUGGGCGUCUACUCAGGAAAAUUGACACAAUACACGACCUCUACCCCUGAGAGACGUUUAACGCAUCCCGUGGUUUUUGUACUUGAUUUGGUAUUUCCUAAUAUCGCAAGAGCGUGUGAGCGCAGUCUUAUUUAUGGGCGUGGUAGUUUCAUAUUACACAAUCGAAGAAAGCAGCCCCCCCACCUUACACUUCAUUACACGCACCCAACAACCACGGCUGCGGCGGGG